AUGUGGGUCGAGUACUACAUCGACGGCGAGUCGACGCCGUCGAUCGCGUUCCAGCCGUCGAUGAUGUGCGGCCUCGGCUUCCCGACGCAGAUCGCCAAGGACUUUGAGUACUCGGCCGGCGGGCUGUGCGGCAAGACGGCGCCCGUCGGCGGCUGGUCGAACACCUUCCCGAUCCCGUUUUACAAGAGCGCGGUGGUGACGGUGCGCGCCGACCCGAGUGACGGCGCCGGCUGCUACGGUGGCUACGUCUCGGUCCGCGGCACGCCGCGGCUGCCGCUCGUGCUGCCGCACUCGGGGCUGCCACUGCCGACGGGCAGCCGCCUCACGCUGCAGCGGCAGCCGCUCUUGCUGCGCCAGCCGCUCGAGUUCGUGACGCUCGCGACGCUGCUGCAGGGGCAGAGCGGCUUCCUCGGCAAGCGCUUCCAGAGCGCGCUGAGCGGCCUGACGCUCUUCGAGCGCGGCACCGAGUACGAGUACCUCAGCGCAUUCCGCCUCCACACCUCCGACCCGCUCGUGAUGACCGACGGCGGCAAGCUGACGUGGCGCGUCGGCGCAAAGGCCGACCCGGGCACCACCAAGUGGUGCGGCAACCCGCUCCCGCCCGGCGCCGCCGAGCUGGGGCUCGACGAGGAGCGCGAGACCGUCGGCCGGCAGCUGUCGCCGGUCAACGUGACCACCUACGCGUGGGUCUACACGCCGCCUCUGCCGCUCUCCUCCGCCGCACGGCUCCGCGUGCUGCGCGACGCCGCAAGUGCGCUGCACUACCUGCACACGCUCUCUCCGAUGAUUCUUCACCGCGACGUGUCGGCGGGCAACAUCCUGCUCGACGAGCGCGGCAACGGAUUCCUCGCUGACGUGGGCCUCGCGCGCGCGGCAGAGGCGACGGCCGGGCAGGUCUCGCACCUGUCGACGCAGCGCAUCUUUGGCAAGCCCGGCUACAUGGACCCGAUCAUCUCGCUGGAUGGCCAGGCCUCUCAGCUGACUGACGGCUUCGCGCUCGGCAUCACGCUGCUCGUCGCCCUGACCGGCCGUGGCGCUCUCGGCUUGCUCAACGAGUGCUACGAUGCGCUGGAGGAGCCCGACACGGCGGAGGGCAUCGCGGCGGCCGACGCGGGCUGGUCGGCGGCGCAGGCCGAGGAGCUGGCGAGGCUCGUGGUCGGGCUGGCGUACGAGCGGAAGAGGAAGCGGAUGCCGCUCGCAGACGCGCUGCCUCGGCUGGAGGCGAUGACCGAAGCGGCAGGGGAGAUGGCGGCAUCGCCGCCACCGAGCCUCGCAGGGGCGGUGGCAGCCGAGGCGGACGCGGACGCGGAGCGCCAGUGCGAUCUCUGCUGGUCUGCGCCUCGCUCGGUCCGCUUCGCGUGCGGCCACGCGCUGUACUGCGAGGCGUGUGUGCCGCGCGUGCUGGAGCGCGACACCAACUGCCCGACCUGCCGCCAGCCGGCGCUACCCAUUGCCGCGUUGGAGUGAACGCAUCAUACGUUUGUCUGCCAGCCGCCUGCUCGCGCUGUGUCGGUCGCAGCCCACGGCCCGCAACCUACGGGCGACGCGGCGGCUGCUGGUGGGCGCGGCGGGAGGGGUGGGAGGGGUGGGCGCGGCGGGCGCGGCGGGCGCGGCGGGCGGGUCCGCCUUGCGCGGUAGUGGGGCACAUCGAUCGAAAGCGAGCGGGACUCACUCGAGGGGUGGCCGCGUUUCGUCUCUUUAUGUCUUUCUUUCGAUUCC